AUGGGCUCCGGCCGCUGCCGCUCGCUCCUGCCCGCGCUGCUGCUGCUGGUGCUGCUGGUGCUGCCCUCGGCGUGGGGUGACUGUGGGCCCUUGCCCAGUAUCAGCCACGCAGAGCCCACAGAGGACAUGAAAGACAAGCAGAGCUUCAGUGAGGGCUCCACGGUGAGGUACGUCUGUGCCACAGGUUACACCAAACGCCCCUUCCUCUCCGACACCGUCCAGUGCCUCACAAACUCCCAGUGGUCCCACCUCCCGGAGUUCUGUGGCCGUAGCUGUCCCAGCCCUCCAUAUGUGCCAUUUGCUAAAAUAUCACAGGAAGAUCAAGCACAGAAUUUUUAUCCUGUUAAUACCACGGUGAAGUACAUUUGUCGCCCAGGCUUUGAGAACACCACAGACCAGCUCCCCACCAGCACCUGUCUGGACAACUUAAAGUGGUCAGAAGUCCCUGAGCUGUGUAGGAGGAAAUCUUGUGGUAUUCCAGCAAGUCCAGAACAUGGCAAAGUUAUUACAGAUGAUCAUCUGCUCGGUGCAAAAGCCACUGUGGCCUGUGACCGUGGGUACAUCCUAGAGGGAGGGUCAGCUUUCAUCUUUUGUACCCUAAGGGGAAAUGAAGUUGUCUGGAGUCAACUUCCAGCUUGUCAGGCUAUUUCUUGUCCUCCUCCUCCAGCCAUUCCCCAUGGGCAGCACGAUGGCAACAGCACAGAGAAGUUCCUGUAUGACUCAGUCACCACCUACACGUGUGACCCCGGGCUGGAGCUCGUGGGGAACAAAUCCCUCCGUUGUACAACAGAGAACGGGGUCCUUGGAGUCUGGGAUGGGGCUGCUCCCGAGUGCAGGGUUAGCACUGCAGCAGAGACAAACCAAACUGAAUCCUCCAAAGGGAAUCCUUACUGGCUGGCAAGUGUCCUCAUCCCUAGUUGCAUUGUUCCCCCAGUAGCCCUUGGAAUUCUAGCUGGGAUCAUCAUGAGGCGGAAAGACAAUGAAAAACACUCUUAUAACAUGAAUUUACAAAAGCACAAGGUGAAGAAGGGAAGGGAUGCACCGAUGUGCCCGAAGAAGCAGCCUGUGCCAUGGAAUUCCUAUUUUUGCCACACAACGAGUUGCCACGUGUGUCCCACCUGCAGGAGGCAGCUGCACGAUGCCCUGGCCCCUCUCACGGUGCCCACGCGCCGCGGCUGCGCCGCCUGCGAGCACUGGCUGAGCACCAGCAAACCACGCACCUAUUCGGUCCCCAGCAUUGGUGACAGGGAGAGCCAAAGCCCAGCAGGCACCAGCUCUCCUGCCAGAGCUGUGGAUGUGCAGAGGGGUCACGGUGCAGGAGAAGCUGGUCCAGAGUGGAGUGAGGCAGAGCAGCCCGUGGGCUACAAAAGCAGCCACCACAUCUGCCCCGUCUGUGAGAACUGGCUCCGUGCCCACGUUGGACAGUUGGACAGCAGUGCUGUGGCACCCAGGGAGUGGCAGGAUGAGGGCUCGCGGGGCCCCGUCUGCGCUCCCUGCACGGACCAGCUGCACCUCUCCCUUGUCCACAGCGACACGUGGAGCAGUCCUGUGGUGUGUCCCCUGGCUGCAGAGGGGACCCCAGCCCACCUGGUGCCUCAGCACACCCCCAGCUGCCACGUGUGCCCCGUCUGUGCGGUGCCAACCCACACACACUUGUGCCAGCCCCGGCACCAGGCACCCGACGGAUAAAUCCAGCGGGGCUGCGGCGUCCUCGGGGCACGAGGAGGGAAUUCUGACACUAAUCCCUGACACUGUGUGGAGUAACUGAUAAAGAGUCUGGAAAUCAAAAGCCACCUGGCUCUGAUGGGUGCUGAUAAGGUCAGGGUACACUGAGGAUGUUCCCUGUGCAUGGAUAAACACAUGGAUACACCAAAGAAUGGAUUGAUGUGGAGACACCACAUCCCCUCUUCCACACAUCCUGCAAGAAGGGAACGUGGUAACCUUUUGACCUCUGUCAUCCAUCCAUCAGAAAAGGAAUAGAUGCUAACUUUAUCUCAACCUAACCCUUAUGACCAGAGUCAUGCAAACUCCGAGAAAAAAGGUAUGAAAAGGAGGUUAAGCUGGGGAAAAGAUCCAAGGAAGAUUUCCAUUGAAACUGCUGGAUCAGCUGUAGGGCUGAACCUGUCUUCCCAUCCCCCUUUAAGGAUGUUUACUGGGUGAAAAAUUUAAAGUUCUGUGGGCUAAUUACUUGCCUUUAAGGAACUAGAGUUUUCUUUCUCUUCAUAAUGUGGUAGUAGGUUGCUUAAAUCUGUAUUUGUGCUUUUUUUGUGGUAUUAUUACUUUGUUUCGAGCGUGUUUUGUAGACAGACUCUAUCACUGAGGACUAUAAACCUUUA